AUGUCAAAUAUUAAUCCGACAGCUUUUUUUGGAGGUGGGAUGGGAGUGCCAAAUCAGCUGGUAGCCAUGCAUGCGGCUGGUCAAAGAGUGCUGAACCCGAUGCAAUUAGCAGCCAUGGCACAGGCACAACCAAACCUCAGUCCGGCAUAUAAUCUAGGCUUUCCGACAAUGUUAGCGGCUAACACGGCCAACCUAGGUGCAAGAGUAGCGCCAAUGCACCUUAACAUGCCUGGUUUGGCACAAAGACAGCAGCCUCUUACCAACAGACCACCUUUAAAUCAGGGUAAAGGCAUACUAAGAAUAAUGCUCUUUGCAGACUACCUAGGAGGCGAGGCCAAUGAUCCAUCGAAGAAAAUCGAUAAAAAGGAUAUCAUGUAUUGGACACGAUUUGUAACAGAAUUCUUUACGGAAGAUGGGACGAUGCGAUAUACCUUAUGGAAUUCAAAGACAGAUGAGCAAAGAAGUUUUGAUAUUGCAAAUUCAGUAAUACCGAGAUAUUACCAAGUGAAUUUUGACUCUGGCGUGACUGGUAUACAACUGAUACUUGGUCACGCACGCGAGCACGUUUCCUCCGGCUUCAACGGAACUACUUUAGGUCACACAGUUGACUGCCCACGGGCUACCAUGAUAUAUAGCUAUGAAAACGGAACGCGGAUCGUUGCGACAGGGCACUUGAAAGUUAAAAUGACGUAUGGACUGAAAAUCGAAUACAUGGAUUUCACCACAAAAAAACACGAGGAAUAUAUACCGAGAGAAGUGAAGGAUACUCUCCCACCCAGCCCUGUUAAUGAUUACGGGAUACCCGUGAAGACACUUCGAAGUUUGGAGAUAGCUGAGGGAGUAGCACAAUUAGACGACCUAAUAAAUAUAACACUGAAAACAAAUCAAGGACCUAAACAUUCAUUGAGGAGGUUCAUGCAAACUUCUGUUCCCUUACAUUUUGCGCAAAAUAUGACGAAUAUGACAAAUAUGAUGACAAUACCUCCAACACCUGGCCCUUCACCGCCUAAUGGUCCCGUAAUGAAAACGUCUCCAAAAAGAGAACCAGAAAGUUCGAUUGCAGUUGACAUGCCUAUUACUACUCCAAAAAUAUCGGCAAAGCCAUCACCAUCACCUCGAAUUAGUGAUAAAAGACCGGGUGAACCAGGACUAGGGAACAAACCAAAACGACGUAAUACUAAAUCAGCCCCUAAGAAAGCUAGUCGUCAGGAUCCUACAUCAUCAUAA